UUGAGAUUGAGGUGAGUAGUUUGUUCUGGUCAAUUGGCGUCCGAUAUGAGAUCUUUAUCUGUCUGAGAUUAUCAAUGGGGAGUGGGGUUGAGAAUGGCUUGGGCGUGGCUGACCCCCAACAAUGUCGAGUCUUCGGAUCUGCACAAUGCAGCCGGUGAGCGGUGACGGAGGGCGAUGUAACGCUGGAAGAUACUUUAGUUUCACGUAUGCAUUCCACAUAAGCCCUACAAGAGGGUGCGAUAACCUUAAACAGAGCUCAAUGUUGCUUGCCAAGUAUGUCGUGGGGUUCAUGAAGUAUCAUCGGCCUCAAUUUUCUAUCCUUGCUAUUUGGUGCUAUGUUCUUUUCGGCCCAAUUAUACCUGCUUCUUUGUUUGAAAAAUUGUAUAUUACUUGUUUAGAAACCAGAUGACCUUCUAUAAUUUUCUUUGCUUCAACGUCUGGAUCUGACAAUAGAGCUGUGCUUGGUCCUUGUAAUUUGUUUGCGCUAUUUUAUAUCAA